CCAUUAACAAAAUAAUUAUUGUGAUUUCGAAAAUAUUCACAAUAACUAUAAGUAAUCUUAUAAGAAAUACUCAUUUUUCUACUUCUUUGUUUGUCGACAUAGCGAGUUAUUAUUAAUUGUUAAGGCUGAAUCAUGGUCCAGAUUCCCAUAUUUAGAAAAACCGAAACGCGAACGGAAGACGGGAAAACUCCUGAGUGGUUGAUGAUUGAAUUGCAAGGAGAGCUGGUCACGGAGACUGAUAAACUGCUGGCUGGCCAGGAAAUUGGCACGUUGCACAUCGGAGUACCAUCUUCCGCUCGCGUACCAGGUGGCCAAAAGAUCGAAAAAGCCGUAAUGAUGAUUGGGAAUUAUGCGCUCACCGGUGACAUUUUGUCUUUGCCAAAACCUUUGAUUAUCCUGCAGAAAGGAAAACUCUCAAACAGUAACGGGAUCGAAGAGCCAGUGCUGGAAAUGCAAGCGGUUGUACGGCGGAAGGCUUUAUUCAAAGAGCGUCCACGGCACGUUACGUUUCAAGACAAAGAAGUUUGACCGUAGAUUACCUUUUCUCUACGGAGUUUCAUUUUUGAGCUGAGAACAACAUUGAACCUUUAUGCUUGUGCUUGCUUUGUACGAGUAUGUUCAUAAUAAUCGUAAAUCGCAAGUGUCACCCUGUCGCUGGUGUAAUUCUUUGUGCAAAGAAUUUCACAGUGUAAUAUGACGAAGUAACACUGACCAGGAAA